UCAGGCUGGCUCCCGGCGCAGGGGUCCGGGUGGCCGUAUGAGCCGCGCGAGGGGGGCGCUGUGCCGGGCCUGCCUUGCGCUGGCCGCGGCCCUGGCCGCGCUGCUGCUGCUCCCGCUGCCGCUGCCCCGCGCGCCCGUCCCGGUCCCCUCUUCUCGUAGUGCCCCGACCUCCGCCCGGACCCCCGCGGUCCCCCGCCUGCGGCCCGACGACGUCUUCAUUGCGGUCAAGACCACACGGAAGAACCACGGGCCGCGUCUGCGACUGCUGCUGCGCACCUGGAUCUCCCGGGCCCGACGGCAGACAUUCAUCUUCACCGACGGAGACGACCCUGAGCUCCAGCUGCAGGCAGAAGGCCGUGUCAUCAACACCAACUGCUCUGCCGUGCGCACCCGCCAGGCCCUCUGCUGCAAGAUGUCCGUGGAGUACGACAAGUUCAUUGAGUCUGGACGCAAGUGGUUCUGCCACGUUGAUGAUGACAAUUAUGUGAAUCCUGAAGGCCUGCUGCACCUGCUGUCCACCUUCUCUCCCAACCAGGAUGUCUACCUGGGACGGCCCAGCCUGGACCACCCCAUUGAGGCCACUGAGAGGGUUCAAGGAGGUGGAACUGUGACCACAGUCAAGUUCUGGUUUGCUACUGGUGGGGCUGGGUUCUGCCUAAGCAGGGGCCUUGCUCUCAAGAUGAGCCCCUGGGCCAGCCUGGGAAGCUUCAUGAGCACGGCCGAGCGGGUACGGCUGCCUGACGACUGCACAGUGGGCUACAUUGUGGAAGGGCUUCUGGGGACCCGGCUGCUACACAGCCCCCUCUUCCAUUCCCACCUGGAGAACCUGCAGAGGCUGCCGCCAGACGCUGUGCUCCGGCAGGUCACCCUGAGCUAUGGGGGCCCCGAGAACCCCCAUAACGUGGUGAAUGUGGCAGGAAGUUUCAGCCCACAGCAGGACCCCACAAGGUUUCAGUCUGUGCACUGCCUUCUCUACCCAGACACAGACUGGUGUCCCCUGCAGAACAGGGGUGACCUUGCCUCUCGGUGAUUGACGACCCCUGGUGGCUGCCCCCACCUGACCUCCACUGACUCCUUUAGGCCACCAAUACAAUGUGGCACUCACCAGAAGGCACUCAGGCUGCCUCAGAUCUCCCACAACCCCCCAGCAAGCCGGGGACAGGUGCUUUGGGAGAGUGAGGACAACAAGACUGUGUGUGCUGCAGCCACCCAGGGACAACCUGAAGGACAGUACUGCUGGGACCAAAGAUGCCCGCCACACCCCUGGGCCAGCCCAUGGGAAAGGUCUCUAUCCUAGCAUUGAGUGCUCACUCAGGAGGAGCUUGGCACCUAGCCUCUCAGCGCAUCUUGUCCUCUUCACCUGCUGGGAGGCCUGAGCAGUGAGGAGGGGCUGCCCUCCCUGUGCAGACCAUGUAAGUUGUGCUUGGUGAGGCACAGCACUCAGGACCAGCCCAAAGACUGUGCUCCCAGUGACAGCAGGCUCUCUGAACUGGGGCCUCCAUUGCUAGCCUCCUUCCUGGGGGCCUCCAGGACUCUCUUCUCUACCUUGAUUCAAAUUAAGGACUUUUCCACUCUGAGCCCUGUGCCCCUAACCCCUUACCCUCCUGGGUCCAUAAGGCAGCAGGAGCCUCUCCUUUGGGCCCCUAGGGAAUGAGACAGCAGACGUGGUGCCUUCCAUGGGGGCAGCGCAGGUAGUGGCCCCUCUGCCCAUCUGCGCUGCCACAGUAGUGAGUAAAGGCUUCAGUGUCACUCAGUUUGGCUCUUGUCAUAAUCAACAGCUGGGACACCUGGCAGCCCAUCUGCAGCUGUCCACACAGCAGAUCCUCUUCAUCCCUGGAGGGCUGGGGGAAUGGCUCAAACGAUAGAGUGCCUGCCUAGUAAGUGCAAAGCUCUAAGUUCAAACCCCAGUAUCACCCAAAGAAAAGUUCUUCCUCUUCCUGGGGAGGCUGUGCCCUGGAAGGAGAGGUGCUAUACAGAGGACAACACACAUGUAUGUGUAUCUCCUUUCUCAACACAUCACAAAGCAGCUGAUACACGUGUGUGUAGGGGGGUAUGUGCAGGUGUGCAUGUGUGCAUAUGUAGCUGUGUAGACACGGUGUGCACCCAGGCACAUGUACAUGGGGCGUGUAGAUGUGUACAAGUGGUCACUGGCUUAGGAUGGUUCAAUGUAGGAUUUUUUGACUACAUGGUGUAAGAGCAUGCUUUACAUGCUAUAGAAAUCCUACUCCCAAAUUGUGAAUUGUGAUCUUUUUCUGGGCGAGGGGCCUUCUCUUUCAGUGCUGGAUAGUGGCAGCUCCUGAGUUGGACAAUUGUGUACCCGCUCUGAGGUGUGCUGUGAGGGCGUUGGACCAGCUAGUUGUAUUAAAUUCAUUUUCCGUUUAUGUUAUUUUCAACUUGUGAUAGACUUGUGCCUCUGCAUUGUAAGUCA